UUGUCUCUGUCACUUGCAGUCCUCCUGGCACAACCAAUUGAGAAUGAGGAUAUGGAGGGAAAAACACUGAAGAUCACUGAUUUUGGCCUUGCACGAGAGUGGCAUAAGACAACUAAAAUGAGUACAGCAGGAACCUAUGCCUGGAUGGCACCAGAAGUCAUCAAGUCAUCUAUGUUCUCCAAAGGCAGUGACGUCUGGAGUUAUGGAGUGCUGCUGUGGGAGCUGCUCACUGGAGAAGUGCCCUAUCGCGGAAUUGAUGGUCUGGCUGUUGCUUAUGGGGUGGCUGUCAACAAGCUGACCCUUCCCAUCCCGUCCACAUGUCCAGAGCCGUUUGCCCAGCUAAUGGCAGAAUGCUGGGACCAAGAUCCCCAUCGUCGGCCCAGCUUUGCCUCUAUCUUGGAGCAGCUCAUGGCCUUGGAGGAGCAGGUGUUGGAGGAAAUGCCUCAAGACUCCUUCCACUCACUUCAGGAUGAUUGGAAACUAGAGAUCCAGAGCAUGUUUGAUGAGCUUCGGGCCAAGGAAAAGGAACUACUAUGCCGUGAGGAGGAGCUGAAGCGAGCUGCUCUGGAGCAGAAGUCCCACGAAGAAUUCCUCCGCCAACGUGAACAUGAGUUGGCACAGUGGGAGCUAGAUGUCUUUGAACGUGAGCUCAGCCUUCUCAUCCUUCAGAUGAACCAGGAGAAGCCCAACGUGAAGAAACGAAAGGGUACUUUCAAAAAGCACAAGCUGAAAGUUAAAAAUGGCGAGAAGAUCAGUAUGCCACUUGAUUUUAAACACAAAAUUACUGUGCAGGCAUCCCCAGGACUGGACAAAAGGAAGAAUUUUCUGGACUUGGGAUCUGGCUCACCCACUUUUGUUCCCAGGUUACGAGCAAUUCAGUUGAUACCCAGUGAGAACAAUAAGAUGGUGGGAAUUGGCUCAGGAUGGAAUCUUGACCACCUGCAGGACAAGUACCGCAAUGGAGAAAGACGAGGCAUAAACUCAUGGAGCCCUAAGCUACGAUCUCCCAACCCACAGGAAAGCAGGACUGCAAUACUUUUAGAUGAGCAUUCAUGGCGAGCUGACAGUGAAGAGACUAGGAUAUCCUCACCUCCUGCCCCAAAUGGCACUAUCAUGAAAGAGUUCUCUUGGCCCAAACUACCUCAGGUUCCCAGUGAGACACGGAAUGGAGAGACUGCAGUGUUUGGUCUUUCACAUGCUGCAGUUUUUCCAAAACAUGACAGAAGUGGGGGUGCAUUUAAGAGCACCCAUAAGGCCUUACUGGGUGGUGGUUCCUUGCUUGCAUCGAUCGCCCUGGGACGAUGUAUUGAUUCCUCUCCUAGAUGCCAACCAAGAGCUACGAAUCAGUCAUCAUCUUGGCAGAGAGACAUGCCAUCUGGGUUUGAGGAGGAAGAAGAAAAGAUCUUAAUUGAUCCUGCUGAUGACCCAAUAAGUGUAAAUAGUUUGAACAAUUUCCCUAAACAAGAAAACUCCUUUGUUAAUUCAGAUCCAUUGAUUGACUUGACUGAGUAUCCUUCUGAAGCGGUUAAGCCUAUUCCUCUUUCUCCACCACCUCCUCUCCCAAGGGAAAGACAUAAUCAUCUUCCAAGCCGGAAAUUUUUUGUGGCUUUAGAUGAAAUGAGUCCAGAACAGGAAAGGCCAACCUGUAACAAUGUUGGACGUGUUUCUUGGGGUCAAGGAUUAUCCGUGGACCGGAGGAGGAAGCUAAGUGGGGAUUUGAUAUCUACACAGAAAGCUAUUGACAGCCUGCCAUCUCCUGCUAGUCCUAAUGGUGGACACACCGGUUCUCCUGUCACCCCCCUUCUUCCUGAUCCUCGGCUGUGGAGUCCCAAGUCCAGACGGGUAGAGGUCAACAUCAUUCCAAGACCACGUCCAUCUGCUGCAAGACCAAGAAUUGAUCCUUGGAGCUUUAUUUCAGCAGGAUCCAAGCCCACACAGGCCCCUGUAAACUGCUACCCAGACAACUGUGUAACAGGAGAGACAUUCCGCAGUGCCUUGGGUUACCAGCCUUCUCCCACAAACCCUUUCAUGAACUCUGAUCCAUUUCCUACAAAGGCAGCAGAUCCCUUUGACACCAAAUGUGAUCUUUUUGUAACAUCUAAACGUGAGGGCUGUUUUCCUCCUUUGUCUUCGGACCCAUUUUCUGCUCCUUUUCAUUGCUCAUCCUCACACUCCUCUAGAUCUGCUCCUUCAUCAACCAACGUUAGCCCCUCACUGACUGCUUGGCGGGUAACUGCACCUACUCCAGGGGACAGACUGCUUAUUGACUUAGGAGGUGAUGAUUGGCACACAGGUUCAACCAAAGAGAAAAGAUUAGGAAGAGCACCAUGGAGCUCUCCUGCACUAGACAGAAGGGACUGCCACAAAUUUUAAGAAUCUUAAUUAUUUUGUAUGACACUGGUCCUGUACCCAGGAUGGUCCAGGUUUCUACAAAAACUGUGAAGUAACAUUCUGGUGUGGAUUACAAAGUAGCACUGUCCUUAUUUUAUGUUCCAUGCAUAAUACUAUGUCUAACCUGGUGGUCAGGGCAAAUCAAAUGUAUGUCCAUUCUUUUAAUAGUGUUUUUAUUAUUAUUUAAAUAAAUGAAAGGAAAAGAGGUUAAGAAACAAAAGAGGAUUUGCAAUAAUCUGGAGGUGACCUAAAGCAACACCAUCAAUCUCUCUAGCUUACUGCCUUCAUCCUCAAACCAAUCUAUAAGGUGUUGUAGAAGGUGGCCACAUUUUGGUAGAACACGGUAUACAAAAAUAUAAGUGAAUGAUGACUUUGGGAAGAGGAAUGAUUCGUUACGCUAGUCUAUGAAAUAAAUGAAAGUCCAAUUUCUUAAGGUGAACAUCCCCAAAGAACCUCUAAUUAAGCUAAAUUCAGUGCUUGACUGAAACUUUUAUUUUCUGCCUCUGCAAUUUUAGCUGUAGGUUGAACUAUUAAGUGAAAUUUCGCCCUGAGCUUUGCCCAAUAUCUGGAAUACCUAAUGACCAAAUCAGCUAACAACCGAAUUUCACAAGCUGCCAUUUUACUUUUAAGUAUUUAAAGCGAAGAAGUAACAAGGUUGUUGUCAAAAUGUUAUAUUGGCAUCAUUGCUUUCAUCACAUGGCAAAUAAUUCUGUACACCAGUGAUCUCCAUUUAAUCAUUUUACCUGUGGGCCUGCUAUCAUUUAGGUUGAUGCUCUGCUGGUGGGGAUGGAGUCACUCAAACAGAUAAUAAGAUGUGUCUGCUCUUGAAGUGGUGAUAAUCCAUUGUGCACUAGUUUUCCUUAUCAGACAGAGCUAUCCAAGGCCACACUCUCCGUCAGUUCAACAGAUGUUAAAGCGGAGGCUGAAAGAUAUGGCAGACUUUAAAACUGGAGAUUACCUGACCAGAAAUUUCAAUACUCCAUAUCGAAAAUUUUAGAUACAGGUUUUGUGUGGCCACACUUCCAAGCAAGCUAAAUUAUUUGUCUCCUGGAAUUUAUUUGUAAAUAGUGUCUCAAGUUUGAGAAAUAAGAAUGUACAGCAUGUUAGUCCCGUUAGUCACAUUGUGAAGCAAAUUUAAUGUGUUUCAGAAUUCUAGGACACUGUUUCACUCAAAAACAUGUGCAGAGAUAGUAAAACAGUAGUUUUGAAUAGCAGAUUUUCUCAAAUGAAGCUGUCCGGUAAAGUAUACAGUAUGUUAAAAGAUCUUGUCUAGGCCAACACCGUCAUCAUGGCUUUUUGAAUUUCUACAGUUAUUGUGAAAAGUUACCAAGUUAAACAUUAUUCAUUCUUAAUAGUCAACCUUGAUGUAUUUCUGCUAAUUCUUUUAAAACACAACUGUGCUCAAACAGAGAGAUCACAUGUGGAGAACAUUUCAAUAAAAUUAGGCUAAGGGUAUCUUGUCGCAAAGCUCAGUCCUGUUGUUUUUGCUAUCUGCAUGAACUUUUCAAAUUUAGCUUACGCUUGUCAUCGUAUUUAUUCAAUAAGUUAAAACAAGCAAUGCAAAUAAUUCACAAAUAUACAAUACACGCAGUAUGAAGGAGAACAACACUACAUUAAAGACGGCACACAUUAAUGAACAAUAAAUUCAUAUCUUGUGCAUUCCCAUUGUGAAAGUGCUUCAUUAUGGUCUUCUUGUUAUGAGUGCAGGCCUUUUGACUUCUUUAAUGCAAGAAGAUAAAAUAGGAUAGGUCUCAAUAGACAAGACCAAAGUGGGACUCUUAGAAAUUUGAAGCUACAGACUUUGACUCGACCUAAGAUGACUAGUAUGCAAGCCAUGGAAUGUAAAGUAGGUCACGGAGUCCAUCAUUGCUGAUUGGGUACAACUUUGUUGUGAAAAUUAUAGCCUGUUCUCCUUUCUGAUGAUGCGACUAUCAAGUGAGAUGCUUUUAGGAUCUGGAGAGAUACUUUAGGUCAGAUUACCAAGUACCUCUUCUGUUAGUCUUGCACUCCAGCCAGGCACUUCGCAGCAGUGAUCAGCAGCAAUAGCCAAUCUCUACAAGCGGCCUCUCUGCUUAGAGAACCAUGAGCUGAGUUCUGCACAUCCACUUUCUUGGUAAUCAAGUCCAAAACUAAUCAGUCAUUGGCAAGUGUACCAAAGACUACAAAUUUUGUUCUAAAUUUAGUUUGAGAUAAGACACAAAACAAAUGAACAACAACAAAGGAAUGAGUUUUUAGUCAUAUUUUGUUCAGGUUCAUCUUUAUCUUGGUGAUGGAGUAUAACUUGUUCUCCAUUCUCAAGGCUCUGUGGCAUGUACAGUUUCACACAUUUAUCCUGAAUUGGCUUAAUAUUAUACAUUGUUAAAAUGUUUCUCCAUCAAGACACCAAGAUUAGUUUUCAUAGUUGCUCUUUGCCCAGCAUUCUAAGUCAUGAUCUCUUUCAACAGUUCACCUCAGUAUAUUUUCCCAUUUUACCAACUGAAUUCUAUUCUGCCACUUAAAUUCUUCAUAGUUGGUAAAAUUCAUUAUUUUGAUAAUUCCGUAAAGAAGUUGUAUGGAUUUUUUUUUUUAAUCCUAAGUAGAAGCAAAUGUAACCUAAUGUUGGUGUCUUCAUUCAGGGCAGAGGCUUCCUCCUGAAUUCCUUUAAUGGUCGUCUGAGUCUCACUAUGGUUAAGUACAGCAGAAGUCACCAAGUUAACGAUUCAAUAGCUGUUUGUGAAAUUUCAACUUUAAAAGUCUAAAAUGCCUCCCUUUUGCACAUUACAAUAUUAAUUCAUUUUCACAUCAAAAGUUUACCUGCAAAUGCUGUGACACAUUUAGAUGUAUCAUUUGAAAUUUACAUCACUGAUGCCCCUCGGCGUAAAAACUAAAACAGGAGACGUUCCUCUGUUAAAGCACCAACUCAUUGUGACAGGCAUAGACACGCAUUAGCCAAGGAUUUCUGUCAAGAGGUUUGCUUGGAAAUUCUUCGUGCUGAUUCAAAGAUUAGAUUUUUAUUAAAAAUGAAUUUGCUUGUAUUUCUGUGGGACUCCUUAUGCAGGUUCUUGGCAAACUCUAGAAGAACGUGUUUGGUGCUGUAAUGUUUAAUUAUGCUUUGAUCUGAUUGGUUAUCUCGGCCCUCCAUCUUAUUCAGGCAAGUCUUCCUCCUGUUUGUGGUUCUUCUCCAUGUAUUUUUCAAGGAUCUUAUUUAGAGUACAUAUACUCGAUACCCUGUGAAUCUUAACAUUUUGAGAUGUUGGCCGCUCAGCAUAUGGCUGUCAUUUCUUAUUGCUACUCAUGUCACUUGUGAGGUGGUGUACUGCAGAAGCUUUGUGUUUGGAUUUCUGUUUAGUUUUUUUGACAUCAUUAGCAUAAACGGAACAGCUUUGGGGCAUUAAAAGUGAACAGCUAUGCUUUUGAAAUGAACAUUCCAGUAUAAUGGUGCAUCUAUGAGACAGCCAACACUUUUCUGCAGCAUGCACAUCAGCCAGAGUUGAAAGCAAAACUCAGGCAGUGCAUUAGCCUGAAGAAUAAAAAUCAACAAGUUAAAUAUGUUUCGGGAUUAUUGUCCUUUAUAUAACAAACAGUGGAAAUGAUAUUGUUCUGUAUUAAAGGGAAAGGGCAUAAAUCCUUUGUUCUGCACGGCUGAUAUCUGCUCAGUCUUAUUGUCAGAGAAAAUGUCUGUCUGAGGAUGUGCUGUGCUCUUCAUUGUCUGCUGCGGAGUAUCGCCUGCUAUUCAUACUCAUCUAUAUUUUAGUCUACUCAACGGAUGAGCGGUUAUUCUUUUAAUCUUUAUAAUCUCAGCUGCAUCUCAAACUUAAGGAAUUCUUUAGGCCUAAAGUGGUGGUUUGCAAAAGAAAGUAUAAAUCUAUCACCACUUGAGUCUGUGUGAACAAGCUCAGGGUUUAUAGACUGCACUUAAACAAUAGUGUGGGAUUUUCUUGAGCCAACUCUUAAGUCACACAGCACUAACGACAGUGAGCUGCAUCCCUUGCCACUUAACAGACCCCAAAAACUUAGAUUGUGGUUUUUGUUUUCUUUUAAUAGCUAAUGGGGAAAAAAGAGGAGCUUGCUUUUUGUCAGAGUAAGAAGAAUUUGGAUUUAAGCUGGCCAUUCAGUCCAGUAUAGUGCACCCAUACUAAUUCACCUAACAUUUUCAAGACCUCAUACUGUUUGAUACAAUGCUCCACAUAUCUGCUGAGAUAUUCUUUAAACAUUCAGAUACUCUUUUGACAUUAUUGUACCAUUCACCUUUAACCAGCUUCCAUCUCUGCUCCCAUGUUCUUUGUUCAAGAACUCAUUUCAAAUCUCCAAGCUAUUAAAGCACCCAGGCUAGCAUCUACCCUACUAAUUGACUUUUGAUUUGUAAAAUAGAAGGAUUGGCGAAUUUUCAGUAUGUUGGGAUACAUAAAAUUAAGAUGUAAUGUAACCUUUCUGUCUCUUUCUGCCAGGUCAAUGAAAAAGGGAAGGCUUAUGUAUAUUUGUUAAAAUAGCAAGCAAUUAGACUCAACAGUUUUUGAAUCUGCUGAACUCCAGUUCAAGGAAUAAAAAUUCCAUUUACAUUCUCUUUUUAUUUUCCAGUCCUUGUACCACUCUCUUUCCUUCACUGACCACCAGCUCUGUACAGUACAUGCUCUGUUCUUCACCCAGCUCCACGCUCUCCUUGCUCUUCACGCUUCAUUCCUCCUGGUCGCCAGCAGAAGGGCAUUCAGAGUGUGAUGUCACUUCCAUCAGCUGAUGGUGCUAUAAAAAUACUUUUCUGUAACUUUAUUGUUAUUUGAUUCAGCUGCAUUUUACAAAGGUUGAUAUGUGAGACUUUUUCCAUUCCAGCCUUUUGCCUUAAUUUGAGAGACAUUUUGAUAACGCUUUGGUUUAAGCUCAGUGUCUUUAUGAAAUUUGUGUUUCACGGCAUGGCUUCAUGAGGCCUACUUUUGUACUAAGUGGAUUCACUUUCUUAAGAGUGUGAAUACAGAAUUUGUGAUGGCUUUUGUAAAGAGCUGCUUUUUAUGUAUAUACUGCACUGGGCUGGGCCUAAUUAAAAAAAAAAUAAGUGCUUUUAAAAUAUUUUGGUGGGUUUUAACCUGUGGAUAUUGGGAUUUGAAAACAAGACCAAAUAAAUAUAUGUCUGUACACUAUA